CUCCAUGAAAACGCUCCCACGGUAACGUAAGAGUGAGGCACAUGCCAGGUCUCGUUUUUUUUUUUGGGUGGAAUCGGUUUUUGAACACGCUUAAAAUGUGUAAAACGUGGGUUAUGGACACACAUGCGGCUCAUCAGAGAGAGCUCUUGACUGCAACGGGUAGCUAGACAUGUCUAGCUAGGUGUCUUAUCCUGCUGGGCUCUUCUCUUCUACCUGGUCCUUGGUCACAACCUCCAGAACCUUCCAGGACUUUUGAGCCACCCUGUCUGAACUGGACCAUCCUGCAGGGCAUCAUGGGGGAAAGACGGGCACGCUCCUUCCACAUGACGUGCCACGUACAGCGUGACUAUGGCAGCAGACUGGGGAGGUCCCUCAUAAGUUGCAGUCCCAAUGGAUAUGCCAGCACAAGCCACAGCUUGGACCAGGAGAUGGAUGCUGACCUUGCAGCCUCCACCAGCACUACAACCAGUAGUACUGCCAUACAGGCACCUGCACCUGACAGAAGCCACUACUCUCCUGUUUCACUGGAACUGGACCCCACAGCAGUGAAUAAUGGAUCAGGCAUUCCCUGCUGUCCUCCAGCAGACACAAAGGACCCAUCGCUGCAGAUGAUACAAAGCCAGCCCUCCGUCACCUCUGUCCCACCACCUCUCCCUCGUUCGAGCUGGCUCAAUCAUCAUCAAAAGGAUUUCCAUAGCCCUUACAUCAAGACUAGCAUGCAGGGGGAUGUUUACAACUUCCUAGAGAGACCUGCUGGACUGAAAUGCUUCCUCUACCACUUCCUUGUCUUCCUCAUGGUCCUGGUGUGUCUAAUCUUCAGUGUCUUGUCAACUAUAGAGCAAUAUGCAGACUUUGCCACCGGGACCCUCUUCUGGAUGGAGAUUGUGCUGGUCCUGUUCUUUGGCACAGAGUAUGUGGUCCGGCUAUGGUCGGCAGGCUGUCGCAGCAAAUAUGCGGGCAUCAAAGGACGCCUCCGCUUUAUCAGGAAACCCAUAUCAAUCAUAGAUUUGAUAGUGGUCAUCGCCUCAAUAAUUGUGCUCGGUGUAGGGUCCAAUGGCCAAGUGUUUGCCACGUCUGCCAUCAGGGGCAUCCGUUUCCUCCAAAUCUUACGCAUGCUACAUGUGGAUCGACAAGGAGGAACAUGGAGGCUCCUAGGAUCUGUAGUCUUUAUUCAUCGACAGGAGCUGAUCACCACUCUGUACAUUGGAUUCCUGGGCCUGAUCUUUUCCUCCUACUUUGUCUAUUUGGCGGAGAAGGAUGCUGUGGAUGAGGAGGGCAAGACAGGCUUCUCCAGCUACGCUGAUGCCCUGUGGUGGGGUGUGGUGACUGUCACCACCAUCGGCUAUGGAGACAAAAUUCCUCAGACGUGGAUAGGCAAGGCCAUUGCCUCUUGCUUCAGUGUCUUCGCCAUCUCCUUCUUUGCUCUGCCCGCUGGUAUCCUGGGCUCAGGGUUUGCCCUUAAGGUCCAACAGAAGCAGAGACAGAAGCAUUUCAAUAGACAGAUCCCUGCUGCAGCCUCUCUCAUUCAGACACUGUGGAGGUGCUAUGCAGCAGAGAAACCAGGCGGCUGUGCUGCAACAUGGAAAAUGUACGUCCUAACUCCAGAUGCUGUCACCACAGUGGAAUCUGACAACUCCAGCCCUAAUGUCAGGAAACUGAACAUAGCGAAAAGGGGGACCAAGAGGAGGUUGAAGUCCAGAGGUAAUGGCUCUAUAGGUGUGGCGUCAGAGAGGGCUGUAUCAAUCCCCCAGAUCACCUACGAUCACAUUGAUGACUCUGUGGAGAAGAAAGAUGUCUCAUUUUUCUUGGAAGAGCCAAGGGGGACUGAAGGAAUCACCAGGAUGUUCAGACAAACAGUAAAGAGGAAUCUUGAUAACAGCACCUCCAUCGACAUCUCCCGUGCCAACAGCUUAACUGAUGAGCUGGACUACGUGAGUGAGGACAUUCCCCUUCCAGUGGUGACUCAUAAAGCUCAGUUGUCCCAUGCCCAGAGAUCAGCGGUAAAAGUCCUUCGCAGAAUGCAGUACUUUGUGGCCAGGCGGAAAUUUCAGCAAGCACGAAAGCCCUAUGAUGUGCGAGAUGUAAUCGAGCAGUAUUCCCAGGGUCACCUCAACAUGAUGGUCCGCAUCAAAGAACUACAGAGAAGGUUGGACGGCACACUGGGGAAGCCAGGAAUGUUUCUUCCAGGAAAAGGGGAAGAUAAAGAAUACCCUACUGUUGGAGCACGACUGAUCAGGCUAGAAGAUAAGGUCCAUCAGAUGGACCAGAAAAUGGACUCAGUCCUGCGGAUCCUGAGGGAACAGUUCCUGCCCAAGGCAGAGAUGACGUCCAAGCCCUCCAUCCGCAGGGUGACCAUCCAGAAAUGCAUGGGGGCCAGCAUGGACGAGGGCCCCUGAUGUCACAGAGACGGUUGCCCUGGGUAUGAUGACGUCACCACCAAAGGACAAUUAAAAGGGCAGGAGUACACAUAGACAGCCUAGCCUACAUGGGGGCCUGCAAAAUAAUAAGGGGACUCAAUUUUCCGAACCAAAUUCCUUCUACUCCUUUUGUGAGAUUUCUCAGACUUUUAUCCCUGAGAAGCGAACAACAUUUAACCGUCCACUUGGCACUGCUCUGGGGCAAAAGAACUACUGAGAGUGUGAUUCAUUGGUAGAAAGCAAGCUGACUAAUCUCUUUCUUUUGAUGAUUGUCAGGACUGUUUGGCUCUUUUUUUGUUGUUGUCCACAUGUAGCUUUCUCUUCUACACUAGCAAUGUGAGCCCACAGUCUUCCCCUGCAGCACACAGUCAUUCAAGCAGCGACAUGCUGCAUGAAUUUAUUUCACUACAUUAACCUCAUAAUCACACUACUCAGAUGAUGUUAAUUUAUGUGUGGCCUGUCACUGAGCUGCAUUCCUCUACUCCAAAUAUUAUUCCAAAGCUAACUAACCCAGUAAUGAAGUCGUAAUGCAAUCAAAGCACUGACGUUCCCCAAAGACACAGAGAAAAACUGAGAGUCCAGCCAUGGCAGAGGCAUUCCUCAAAUCCUUCUGAUUAUCUUGGCACCAUCCACACCCAGUACACAACAGGGUUAUUUCCAUAGCCACAUAUCCAUCUAGCCUAACUGUACUUAGACUGCAGCGGGUGUUUGUUAGUAGUGAUCAAAUAACACGAGGAGGGAAAGGCGGAUUAUCUGUUGACUUUGCCCUGCGUUAGGGACCGGAAGGCCGGAGUAAAAGAAAUGGAACUAAAGAAAUGUGACUGGGGUGAGGUGGGUGGCUAAAACGGUGCUAAUUUACAACUAUGCUAGAGCUAAUAAAAAUAGCCAAUCUGCCGAGGCAAGGCCCGGUGCUGUGUUACAGGAAUAGUCGUGGCACGGUCUCUGUUUGCCCGAGGUCUUCACUGCGAGAUUUCAUACGUAUAUCAAUCUCAAACUCUUUUAGCAGCGCCAGUACUUACACCAGCACCAGAACCCCGCUUAAUAGCCUCUAUUACCCUCUUCAGGGGGCACACACUGCUGUGUGCAAUUUGAAAUAAAUUUGCCCCAUUAAAGCUCUGAUUAUUUUUUCUCUCCUGAGCUAAUUAAGUGCUGAAUUCCUUGGUAAGGGGAGAUUACUCACUGUGAGCGUCUAAUGAAAAGAAACACUGGAAAAUGUGCAGAAUUUAAACUGUGAGCUCUGAGGAGCAGGCUCACUAAUUCUGUAUGAAAGGCUGGGAAAUAUCAGGCUGCCACUGAGAGGCCACGUUUGAAAUAAAAAGACAAUGCUCUCACUUUCUUCCCAUACUCAUUGUAUUUAUCUGACAGGACAUGGAGGCAUGUAGGAAGUAGAAAAUAGAAAAUAACUCAUCUCUGUAGCUACAGUAUGAAAGGCCUCCCGUAAUUAUAGCAUGCACAUUACUAAAAAGAUGGAUGCACACACAAAAGAGGGGUGAACAAGGGAAGUGAAAAGAGGAGAGGCUUUCUCUCUGCACUAACAUAUAUUUUCAUAUUUUUUGCAGUGGUUAAAAAUGACCUAUUAUUUGUCCUCUAUGAAAUAAAGUGGUUGUAUUUUAAGGCACUAAUUUUAUGACAGACCUUGAUACAUAUCUACCUGUCUGUUCUCAUGUACAGUUUUAUAAGAGAUGUAAGUCGAGACAUUGCCUUAUUGUACUGCAUUUAUUAUCACGUGGAAAGAUCAACUUGGAACAUGUCUGCUUGUUGGAAUGAUGAGAAACACAGAGACUGAGGCUCCUGUUGUACAGAUGGAUGGAAAUGAUUGUAAAUGAUAUUCACGCACACC